UUUAGUAUUUUAACGAGGUCAUUAAUGAAAUAAUAAUUUGACGCAGUGAGAAUUAUUAUUAUAGACAUUAAAAUCAUAUUAUAGUUAUCAAAGAUAAGUCAUUUAACAAGACAUUACAGAGUUGACACGAAAGUUAUUACGUGAUACUAAAUAUUCUUCACGAAGAAAAUGAAGAAUCUAAUUAUUUUUUCUAUUUUCAUUGGAGCUAUUUUUUAUGCUAAAGGACAAGAACUGCCACCACCAUCAGUUGAUGAUAAUGAAUGCACUUACACUGGAGUUGAUUGUCCUGAUGUACCUUGUUGUUUCCCCGGGUACAAAUGUAGAUUAGCAGGACUGAGCAAGUAUAAUCCAGCGUUUUCCACACUUUCGAGAGCUUAUAAUAAAACGUGGAUGUGCCUGAGUGAAGUUAACUUUGGAGAUCCGUGUCUAUAUGAUGAAGAAUGUAUGCAUAUAGAAAACGCGAAAUGUAUCGAAUUAACAUGUCAAUGUGAAGAAAAGUCUUUUUUAUAUUAUCCUGAUGUUCAAAAAUGUCACUAGAUCAGUGGGAAUUAAUUUGUACAUAAAGAGAAAAAAAUUAUUU